GGGGCUGGGAGCAGAGGAGAGGGGACCCUGCCCUUGACUGAGGGGGCUACGCAGCUUCACGCUGGCAGGGGCGUGACUCCUGCGGGCCGAGCGGGGCUGUCAGGGCACAGAGCUCGUGGUGGGGCAGGGCUCGGGCCAACGUCCGUGACAGCCCAGCGUGUGUGUCCGGCCCGUGGACGAGGCGCGUCUGCACUCUGGCCGCGCCGGCCGGGGGCUGAGUGCCCGAGACACAGCCUGUUCCUGUUGUCUGAUGCGUGGAGUCGGAGUGAGGGUCCCGUGCGGGAAAAGCAAGCACAGGCAGAGGAGACUCCAGCAGGAGGAGGAGGGACAGGAGGUGCCGGCCGUUGGGAAGCCUCGAGUGUUCCAGGCAGUGGGCCCCUCGGUGGUCCUCCCGAGACGCAACGAGGGGGCUGUAUUGCGCCCACUUCUCGGACGUGGGAGGGGAGGCCCGGGGCCUGCCAAGGCCACACGGGCCGAGCCUCGUGCUCCUGCAGCUCCCUGGGGACGGCUCCAGGGCUCAGCCCCCGGGACCUCACGCUCAGCAGGUCCCGGAGCAGCGGUACAGGGCCCCCAGGCUGUGCACCGGGUCCUUCCCGGCAGUAGGUCCCCUCUGAGGAGCCGCUGCCUGUGGGAAGUUCCAGAGGUUUGUGUGGUCGGGUUCCGGAAGUUUGAAAUGCCACUCAGUCGUCUCAGAAACGCCAGACCGCUGGCUGCAGGGGUGUGGGACAGGCUCUUAGGAGACCACGAGUGUGCCAUGUGGGCCGGGCUCGCUCCGCAGAAAGGGGAGCCGCCGGACGGAGCAGGGGGCUGUGCGAGGGCUCAGAGCGGCCGCCUGCGGCCGUCGGGGAGGCGUGACCCUCUGGAGCGUGUGACUGGCCUCGGAGGUGAUGGGCGAGGGUGUGGGCUUUGCCCCAGACACCCCUGCUGCCGCGCCAGCCAGGCCCUGUCCCCAGGCGUCUGCUCUAAGGGUGCCGGCACGAGGCCACUGGGCCUGUGUGUGGGAAGGAGGGCCGGGGCCUGGGCGAUCGGCCGGAGGGAGGCACCACCCUGCUCCCCGCCGACCUUCGUCCUGUUGCAGUUUACGAGCUGCUCUCCUCGCCCUGUUAUCGCCUCGGUCCACACCGCAGCCCUGGAGGAGACGGGGGACCCACGUCCCCGGUGGGGCCGGUCCAAGGUCACCAGGCAGGUGAAGAGGGGACUGGCGCCCAGGACUCCUGCCUCCAGUGACCUGUCCACCCGGCUCUCUCCCUGACCAGCUGUCUGCGGUGCUGGGCCCGCACGGGGCUCACUCACCCCCGUCCCUCGCCCAGCACCUGGCCCGGAGCGAGCACUCAGCAAAUAUUUGUUAAACAGCCGGCUACCACCUCUCCCUGUGCACACACGCACACACACCCCUCACACUUCACAGUCACACACUGCAGUCACGCAGACUCACGCACACACACACUCACGCUCACCCACACAGUGCACACUCACACACACAGCCUGGCCCCAGGCCCCCUGGCCUUUACUGAUCUGCUCAUCCCCUCCCAGGGGCCGUGUCCUGGCCGCCCCUCCCGCCAGGACCUGGUGCAACAUGAAAAUGUGGGCCCUUGUGAGAAAUGAAAACUCCGGAACGCACACCAGGCCCGGGGCCCUCCGAGCGUGUCCUGAGUGAGGGCCCAGGUCACCCCCUGACCCCCGUGGGCCAGCCCUCCUGUCUCUGGCUGCUGGCCUUUCAGAGCUCACGGAGUCCACCUCCCCCAACACCUUCUUCUGCAGGAACCUGGGCAGCCACCAAAGCAGGGACGGUCGGUGCCGACGUCUUAAACGUCAGUAAAAGUCUCAGAGAAUGACUUGGAUCUUUGGCUUCUCUUCAGAAAUGCGCAGACCUGGAGCCCGGUCUUCAGGGAGGGCUGGGACGGGGCCAGAGCCCCCGCCACCGGGCCCUGCCGGACUCCCCGGUGGCCCCCUGCAGUGCGGGGCCACCACAGGCACUCACGAGCUGCCGCAGCGUGGCAGCCUCCUGGUGGACCCCGAGGCCACCGCCCGCCCGCCCACAGCCCGGUCCCAUCCAGCCGCCGCCGUCCUCGGCAGAGGCUGGGCACCCGGGCCAGGGCCCUUCCUGCGUGUCUUCCCUUCCCCGUCUGUGUGCGGGGAGGGCAGACCCGCAGUCAGCCCCUUAACCGUCCACCCGUGGGCUGUGGGUCAGACCACCAGUGGGCCGACGAAGGAGCCCAUUUUAUAGGUGAGCAAACGGAGGCUCAGAGGAGGCGGGGACGUGCUCAAAGCCACACAGCAGGCCCCGCACGGAGCCCCUGCUCGGUGCCAAGCAAUGUGCCAGGCCAGGGACCGCGCAUCAUUCGCCAGUUCCCUCUGAGAGCGUUCUGCGCGUGUCUGCCGUGCAGGGGGCCGCCGGGAGGGCAGAGGUCACGGAGGGGGCAGGGAGACUCGCCGGAGCCGGGGACGUCCUGAAGAUGUCCGUGCAAACCUCCCCAUGAGGCCGCUCACCUCUGGGACAAGGGGACGGGGCUCUGCAGAGUGCAGGAAGCAGCUCGGGUCUCAGGGCUGGUCCGUGCGGACGCCUGGACUCGAACCCUGGCGGCUCAGCCCCACCGCCGCCCCUGCCGCGCGGGGCUCUGCUCAGCGAGCAGCGCCAGGGCCCCCUGCCGCCCAGCGUCUGGGACUCAUCACUGGUGGUGCCUUUGAGAAGUGCCCCCCGCCCCGCCCCGCCCCCACACAGACGGACAGACAGACAGAUGUGCCUGG